AGUUUAGAAAACUAUGCAAAAGCAUGUUUUUCCAAAGCGUGGGUUGUAGUCUAACCAAGAAGAGACAAGAAGGACUGCUGCAUCUGUUGGGUGAGGCGAUGCUUUGCGCAUGCGCACUGGCUGACCAGCAUCAUCGCGGAAGAAGAAGAUGGCGGAGAACGGGAAAGAAGAGCUGGUGAUCACUGACGCCGACUCAGAGCCACUGGCUGGAGAGAGGAGCUUAAACAUCGUGGUGGUGGAGCAGGGCUGCAGUCUGCUGCGCAGGAUGGAGAUCUGUGUCGCUGAGGCUGAGAAGAGGAGCGGCAAAAAUGCAGUGAACAUGCAGGAGAUGUUCACUGUGUACCUCAUCGAGACAAGGCCAAUGGAUGCAGUCGCUGAAGGUCGUAAUCCAGCCCCCGACUCUCUGUGGAGGAGAUACAGUGAAUUUGAGCUGCUGCGGAGCUACUUAAUCGUUACCUAUCCAUACAUUGUGAUACCUCCUCUGCCUGAGAAGAGGGCAGAGUUUGUGUGGCACAAGCUGACUGCAGACAACAUGGACCCAGACUUUGUGGAGCGCCGCAGGGUUGGGCUGGAGAACUUCCUACUUCGUGUGGCUUCUCAUCAAGUCCUCUCCAAUGACAAGAUCCUUUACCACUUCCUCACCGAGGAACAUGGCUGGAAAGAAGUGGUGUAUGAGACAGGCUUUCAGGCAAAGGCUGAUUCCCGGCUAAGAGCUCUCAGUGCCACCUUCCGGGUGAGAAAUACAGAUAAGCGCUUCAUGGAUAUGAAACACUACAGCGAUGAGUUGCAGUCCCACACAUCUCAGCUGCUCCGAGCAAGAGCAAGAGUUGCUGAUCGACUCUAUGGUGUUUUCAAGGUCCAUGGGAACUACGGCAGAGUCUUCAGUGAGUGGAGCGCCAUCGAGAAAGAGAUGGGAGAUGGACUGCAAAGUGCCGGUCAUCAUAUGGAUGCAUAUGCUGCCUCAAUAGAUGAUAUCUUAGAGGAAGAGGAACAUUAUGCAGACCAACUGAAAGAAUAUCUCUUCUAUGCUGAAGCUCUGAGGGCAGUGUGCAGGAAACACGAGUUGACCCAGUUUGAGCUGGAGAUGUCCUCCCAGGACCUCAUCUCGAAGAAGCAACAACGUGAGGAGCUGGCUACAGGGGUAGUACGAACAUUCUCCUUCAAAGGAAUGACCAACAAGCUUUUUGGACAAGAGGCACCUGAGCAGAGGGAGGCCAGACUGAAGCUGCUAGAGGAGCUGAUAGCAGAGGGUGAAGACACAGUCAAGGAGAAAACAAUCGAGUGCGAAGAGCAUGUUGAAAAGGCGUGGGUGGACAUGCAGCGUUUUGAAGAGCAGAAAGAUAAAGAUCUGAGGGAAGCGCUUAUCAACUACGCUGUCAUGCAAAUCAGCAUGUGCAAGAAGGGAAUACAAGUGUGGAGCAAUGCCAAAGAGUGUUUCCUCAAGAUGUAAAGUCGAAGCCAGAGUCCAAGGUUUUCCUCCCUCAGUGAUGGUUGCAAAUAGUGUCUUCUGGUUGAGGUUUGCAAACAGUGUCACCAAUAACACCAGAGACAUACCAUCUAAUAAAAUGUGUCUGAAGAAUCUCAACUAACUGCAAAGAUAAUUUGCAUGCAGGUAUUUUGAAAUCGUGAAUGACUUGUGGAUUCAAAUGGCAAAGGGAAGUGAUUGAUCACACAGGCGCUUGACCAGUUUUACAUGAUAAAGUCAAGAACCAAGUUGUGGUAGUACUACAUUAAAUGAUACAACAAGGGAGUCUUCUAUAAAGAGUUUGUGGAUAUUGAUUUUCUUUAGUCAAUAUAAACAUUUAUUAAGUUAAAACAGCCAUAUGCCCCCAUAAUAAACAUUUAUCUAAAACAGCUGUUUGCCAACACACAUACACUGAUAAGUGUGUGUAUAUAUAUAUAUUGUUUUUGUAAAGGAAAAAAUAACUGUCUGAAUUGGUGUGGGGCAGAGGCUCUCCAGCUGCAUUGGUCUGGCCUAUAAAAAGUGAGCAGACUGACCUGAAGUAAAGCCAACUAUAGGUUAUAUAUUUUUCUUUGGUCUAAACGUCAGGUGUGAAAGUGACCUGAGCCUCAUGAACAGAUCUAUAAAAGUAUCUUAAAGUGAGCUGUAGUGCUUAAUAGCAUCUGGUCAUAUUUUAUGUGCAAGCCUUAAACUGGCUAUCGUUAUGAAAACAUUAAGUCAUAGUUCUAAAAACAACAUAAUGCAAGUGGCUUCAGGUGCUUACAUCUCUGUUUCAAAGGUACAGUGUGGAGAAUUUAGUGACAUCUAGUGGUGAAGUUGCAUUUUGCAGCUCACCUCACCCUGUGAGAACCUGUGGUAACCUUCAGUCCUCAUAAAAACUCGAAAGGUUUUAGUUUGUCCAUUUUGGACGACAG